AAGCAUUAUUCCUACUAACAACACACAAUUGCAAACAUGAUGAAGAAGAAUAUUAGCCCACUUAAUUGGCCUGAGCCAAUAGUCCGGGUUCAGUCCUUAUCCGAAACCUGCAUAGAUUCAAUCCCUGAAAGGUAUAUCAAGCCCCUCACUGACCGUCCAUCCAUAAACUCUUCUUCAUCUUCAUCUGAUGCCAAUAACAUCCCAAUCAUUGACCUCAGAGGCCUAUUAUAUCAUGGUGAUCCUGAUCAUCCAGAAGCCAGAGCCUCUACCCUGAGGCAAAUCUCUGAGGCUUGCAAAGAGUGGGGGUUCUUCCAAAUAGUGAACCAUGGGGUUAGCCCUGACUUGAUGGACAUGGCAAGGGAAACUUGGAGAAAGUUCUUUCACUUGCCCAUGGAGUUGAAGCAGCAAUAUGCAAACUCACCAAAGACUUAUGAAGGGUAUGGUAGCAGGCUUGGAGUUGAGAAAGGUGCUAUUCUUGAUUGGAGUGACUACUAUUUUCUUCAUUACCUUCCCUUGUCUUUGAAGGACUACAACAAAUGGCCUGCUCUGCCUCCCUCUUGCAGGGAAGUGUUUGAUGAGUAUGGGAGGGAGUUGGUGAAGCUAUGUGGGAGGUUGAUGAAAGUUCUGUCUCUGAACCUUGAAUUGGAAGAGGAUUUUCUGCAGAAUGGUUUUGGGGGUGAGGACAUUGGUGCUUGUUUGAGGGUGAAUUUUUACCCAAAAUGUCCAAAGCCAGAGUUGACAUUGGGAUUGUCAUCACACUCAGAUCCAGGGGGCAUGACUCUCUUACUACCUGAUGAUCAAGUUGCUGGUCUUCAGGUCCGGAAAGGGGACAAUUGGAUCACUGUGAAGCCUGUUCCCCAUGCCUUUAUUGUCAAUAUUGGUGAUCAGAUUCAGGUCCUAAGCAAUGCAAUCUACAAGAGUGUAGAGCAUAGAGUAAUAGUGAAUUCAAAUAAAGAGAGAGUUUCACUAGCUUUCUUCUACAACCCAAGAGGUGACAUACCUAUUGAACCAGCCAAAGAAUUGGUAAAAGAAGACAAACCUGCACUUUACACAGCCAUGACCUUUGAUGAAUACAGGCGUUUCAUUAGAAUGAAAGGACCAUGUGGAAAAUCUCAUGUGGAGUCUUUAAAAUCUCCAAGAUGAUCAAUAAAAAGGUCAUUUAAUUAUUGAUAUUGUCCAAACAUCCACUUAAAAAUAUCUCUCAUAGUCUCAUGUGUUAAUAUUAAGAUAAUUGGGGCUUUAGCCCCUCCCUGUAACCAAAAAAUAAAAUAUUAAGAUAAUUGUAAAUUUUGUAAUUAGAGAGAUACAAAUGUGCUUGUACAAUUGCACAUUAAUUAUGCCACAAAGUGAGGGUACAAAGAUUGUAUAUCAGAUAUGAAAUUGAUGGAAGAAGCUGAUUUCUUCUUCAUUAUUGGACUGGGCGGGACAUAAAGAGUUCCAUGCUCGCCCAAAACAAGGAGUCAGCCAGAUGAAGGAAGACAGGGCGGGAACAGGUGAAACAUUUAGGAUUCUCGCCCUUCCCUUUAGGCGAACCCACAAGCCAGCUGGAAGAUUCUUCUGGAUUUGUCUUAUGUGCAUAGGGAUUUGGGCCCUAGUUGUCAGGCCUAAAUGUAGGAAAAGUCCAUGUCUUGACAAACCCCCUAUAAAAGGGAAAGUCAUUACCUUGUACUACCAACUUCUGAAUCAUUAAUGAGAAUAUACUCUUUUUAUUA